AUGGAACAAAUGGAGGAACGAAGCCAACGUGCGAACACCCCUCCUAUCCCGAGAAGAGAGCGAGAACGUCCAUGGCAACAUGCAAAUGAUCUAUAUGAAGCAAGUGACGUUGAAAGUGAUCGAGCUUCGCGACAAAGUGCAAGGCGACAAGGCCAACGAGCACGGGGACCAAGAGAUCGAGAGAGGACCGAUGAUGAUUUAAAAAACAUUAAAAUGGCGAUUCCUACUUCUCAAGGAAGGUCGGAUCCCGAGGCCUAUCUUAAAUGGGAGAAGAAGGUGGAAUUAGUUUUCGAGUGCCACAAUUACUCGGAAAGUAAGAAGGUGAAGUUAGCUGUUAUAGAAUUCUCCGACUACGCCAUAAUAUGGUGGGAUCAACUCACGAUGAGCCGAAGACGCAAUGGCGAACGUCCCGUGUCUACAUGGGCGGAAAUGAAAGCCAUAAUGAGAAAGCGAUUCAUUCCUGCUUACUAUCACCGGGAGUUGUAUCAAAAGCUCCAAAGCUUAACUCAAGGCCAACGAAGCGUGGAGGAUUACUACAAGGAAAUGGAAGUGGCCAUGAUCCGCGCCGAUGUGGAGGAAGAUCGAGAAGCCACCAUGGCUCGAUUUCUCGCCGGCCUUAACCGAGAUAUUGCAAAUAUUGUGGAGCUACACCAUUAUGUCGAGGUCAUUGAUAUGGUCCAUAUGGCCAUAAAGGUUGAAAAACAAUUAAAGAGAAAAGGUACGUUCCGUUCUUUCCCUAAUACUUCUUCUACGACUAGGUGGGGGCAAGGAUCCAACAAACGAGACUUACCGAGUCGAAAUAAAGAAGUAAGUGGAGCUACCAAAUUCAACAAACCAAUGGCCGAAUCGAGUAAAGGAAAGAUGGAUGCCCAACCAAAUAGAUCACGAGACAUAAAAUGCUUCAAAUGUCUUGGAAGGGGCCACAUCGCAAGCCAAUGCCCGAACCGGAAUGUGAUGUUUGUUCGAGAUGAUGGUGAAAUUGAAUCCGAAAGUGAACAAGAGAACGAGGCUGUUGAACAACUCGAAGAAGAGGAAGACAUCGAACAAGCCGAGAAUGGAGAAAUCUUGGUUGUAAAAAGAAGCCUUACUUUUUGUACAAAUGUGGCUAGUACGUUGAUGGUAGAGAAACUUGGAUUGGCCACCACCAAACAUCCCCAUCCGUAUAAACUCCAAUGGCUUAACGAUGGUGGAGAAUUGAAGGUAACAAAACAAGUGCUCAUUUCAUUCACAAUCGGAAAAUAUCAAGAUGAAGUGAUGUGCGAUGUUGUACCGAUGCAUGCGGGGCAUCUUCUUUUGGGACGUCCGUGGCAAUUCGACAAGCGAGCAAUUCAUGAUGGUUACACAAAUCGAUUCUCUUUUAAGCAUAUGGGACGAAUGGUGACACUAGCUCCAUUAUCACCGAAACAAGUGUACGAAGAUCAACUCAAAAUGAUGAGUUCGAUUGAAAAAUCAAAAGAAAUUGAGAGAGAGCAAAAAAAUGAAAAGAAUAAAGAAAAAAGUGAAGAAAAGAAGAAAAACAAAAAGAUGAGUGAUAAAAAAAGGUGGAGGAUGUGUGUGGACUGCCGUGCAAUUAAUAAGAUAACCAUUAAGUAUCGCCAUCCUAUACCGCGAUUGGAUGAUAUGCUUGAUGAACUAAGUGGCGCAAGUUUGUUUUCAAAAAUCGAUCUUAAAAGUGGUUAUCACCAAAUAUGGAUGCGUGAGGGAGACGAGUGGAAGACUGCUUUCAAAACAAAGCAUGGGCUUUACGAAUGGCUCGUUAUGCCAUUUAGCUUAACGAACGCCCCAAGCACGUUCAUGAGGCUUAUGAACCAUGUUCUAAGACCUUUUAUUGGUAGAUUUUGCGUAGUAUACUUCGAUGAUAUAUUGAUCUAUAGUAAAAAUUUGGAUGAACAUGUUUUACAUUUAAAGGCUAUUUUGGAAAUAUUGAGAAAAGAAACCUUGUAUGCUAAUUUGAAGAAAUGUGAUUUUUGCACUAACAAGGUUGUGUUUUUAGGUUUUGUUGUUAGCUCGGAGGGUCUUGAAGUCGAUCAAGAGAAGAUCAAGGCGAUCCAAGAAUGGCCCCGUCCGACGAAUGUCUCCCAAAAUUCUAAUUUUGUAUGGGGAGAGGAGCAAGAAAAAUCAUUUCUGAAAAUUAAAGAUUGUUUAACUCAUGCACCAUUAUUAGCUUUGCCUAAUUUUGAUAAAACUUUCGAGUUAGAGUGUGAUGCAUCAGGUUUAGGUAUUGGAGCCGUGUUGAUGCAAGAUGGAUGCCCUAUCACGUAUUUUAGUGAGAAACUCAACGGUGCCGUUUUAAACUACCCGACGUACGACAAGGAGCUCUACUCGUUGGUUCGAGCCUUAGAAACGUGGCAGCACUAUCUUUGGCCCAAAGAUGACCACGAGUCCUUGAAGUAUUUAAAAGGGCAACACAAGUUGAAUAAGAGGCAUGCUAAGUGGGUAGAAUUUCUCGAAUCUUUUCCAUAUGUUAUUAAAUAUAAAAAAGAAGCCCAUAGUGGAGGAUUAAUGGGGCACUUUGCUACCAAAUUUUCUCCUUUUGAAAUCGUUUAUGGUUUCAAUCCUUUAACACCACUUGACUUAAUGCCAUUGCCCUCUAACCAAUUUGUGCAUGUAGAUGGAAAGCGUAAAGCUGAUUUCGUCAAGCAAUUACACCAACGAGUUCGAGAAAACAUUGAGGCAAUGACCAAGAACUAUGAACAACAUGCUAACAAAGGUCGUAAACGAGUUGUGUUCGAGCCGGGAGAUUGGGUGUGGUUGCAUAUGCGCAAGGAAAGAUUUCCUAUGCAACGACGAUCUAAACUACUUCCGAGAGGGGAUGGACCGUUUCAAGUCCUUGAACGAAUUAACGAUAAUUCUUAUAAGUUGGACUUGCCUGAAUUCGAUUUGAGGACAAAUCGUUCUGAAGAGGAGGGGAAUGAUGUGAGCUUGCCCAUGAACCUAGUAGAGAACGAACAAGAAGACAUUAAGCUACCUAUUGGUCCGAUAACGCAAGCUAGAGCUAAACGAUUCAAAGAUGCUAUUUCAGCACUUGUGGAACGAAUUGAGGAAAAAGAAAACAAGGAGCUUAGAGAUGAGCUGAACAUUUUCAAAUUCUUUGAAGUUGAAUUUCGUUCCAGCUAG